GAACAAAGGGCCGUGACACAGCACGUCGUACCUCCGCAAUUGGCUGACGACAAGUCCUAUCACUGACGCAGAACAUACCACGAUCCACGCAUCAUCAGAACGAUGGACGCCUACUCGACCGGCGCGAGCUGGUCCUUUCCGGAUGAUAUUCCUGGGACUUGGGCGCCAGAUGGAAUCAAUCCACAGCAAAGUAGCUCGAACAGCCCGACAGAAGGCUCGUACCACCAGAAGCAAGAGGAAGAGACAGAGCCUGCAGCAGAAGCCGAGCCACAGCCGAAGCGCACGAGAACACACUACCCACCACGGCAAUGCCGAAUCUGUCUCGAGGUCGUGCAACCGACGCUGCACUACGAUACCACGCCGUUGCCCGCAUCCAUGCAAUCGCUGCCUCGUGUCUCGUACGAGAGCGAGGACGGCGGACGACUCAUGUCUCCAUGCAAAUGCAAAGGCAGUCAGAAGUACGUUCAUGAAGAUUGCCUUGGAGCAUGGCGCAGAGCAGAUCCAUCGCAACAGCGGAACUACUGGGAAUGUCCAACAUGUCGGUACAGGUACCGGCUCCAACGUCUGACUUGGUCCAGCUGGAUCACUAGCCCUCUCACGCAGAUUGGGCUCACGCUAUCCAUAUUCCUGAUUUCCAUAUUCAUACUCGGCUUCGUCGCAGACCCCAUCAUCAACAUGUAUCUCGAUCCGGUCACGACCAUUGCUACCGCUGGUGGUCCGACUGGGUCUCUCAUUUACGAAGAUGAGCCUACGUCGUGGUUCGAGCAUUGGAUCAAAGGCCUGGCAUCACUCGGAUUGCUGGGCUUUGCCAAGUUCUUGUUGACACUGUCGCCAUUCCAGUGGUUCAACAUACGAACUGGAGGCGGACUCGGCAGAAGUGCAGUACGUGGCACUGGGAGGGACAGGCUGCAGCAACUCGGGUGGAUCACCAUCAUCGUCGGCAUAUGCACGUUUCUGUUUGCUGUUUGGAAGGGCGUUCGAGCUUGGAGUCGGAAAACAUUGGCGCAUGCUGGCGAGCGCGUGAUCGAUGUUCCUGGGCAGGAUGACGAUGAAGACGAAUGA